UGAUCGAUCAUGCAUCUCGAGCGACGUCACCUGUCCGAUUCGAUCCGGUCCAGUUUCCGGACGACGAUUCGUCGAACGCGGUCGUUGAAGUCUCGCGGUAUAGAGCAUCUAUCGCGGAUGAUCAUCCGCUAUGGGUGAGGUUCGAAUUGUUCCCGCGCGAUAUCUCGAAGUUGAACGGAGGGAGUCCCCCCUGAGAGAGCGUGUGUUUACAUCACGAUGCGGACUCGAAUGGGGAUGGUGACGACGUCACGGGUGGCAUCUCGGGUGACAGCUCGUCGGGUGACAGCUUUGACCGAUGACGGAGGAAGACGACGACACGACGACGGUCGAGAGGGCAUAGUCGUGCGGGUGGUGGCUGAAAGGUCGCGGCCCCCGUCGUUUGAUACCGUUCUAGGGAACGCACUUUGGACCAAAUGAUCGUGCCGGCUAAGAGGAAUAAAACGCGACGUUAACGCGUUGCUUCAGUGUCGUCUCGGCUACGAAACGCGACGCAUCGCAAGGUCACCCUGUCACCUGCUCGCUCUCUCGCCGGAUUCUUUUUUUUCUCUUUGAGAGAACCCUCGAUCCUCGCGGGGUACCAUGGACCCCAGUCAAGAACGGCAGUAAAACGCCGAUAAGAGAAUAACGAGAGAAGCAUUUGCGAUCACGAACCGAUUAUUUCUUUCAGAAAAAGAGAGAUAGAGGGAGAGAAAAAAAAGAGAGAAACUGAGGAUAAAAGAGCCGCAUCUUUCGCCACGAGUCCUAUAUACGCGUGGUUGCCCACGUGACACGUGACACACGACGUUGACGUUUCGCGCGAACAAGAACGACCGCGGCGAUUCCACCUUUCUUCUCUUCUUUCCAUUUUUUGUCACGUUCUCCGUAAAUUCACCAUGUCCACACCAUGUCCACCAUGUACCAUCAUGUCCACAGAACCGGGCUUCACCUCCAACGGGAGCAUGAUCGUCGUGAGCAACAGGUUGCCGUUUGUGCUAAAGAGGAACGAUAUAUCUGGUCAACUGGAACGCAAAGCCAGCGCCGGUGGUUUAGUAACCGCAGUAGCACCGGUUGUCAUAAGUGGAAAUGGAAUCUGGGUCGGAUGGCCUGGUAUGCAUAUGGAAAAUCCGAACGAACCAAUCCCCGAAUCCGACCCCAACGAUCGUACACCUACCGCAGGUCUGCUGUCUCGAAAGGUUGUGGCGGUACACGUUGACCCCGGCAUCUUCGAUUCGUAUUACAACGGAUGCUGCAACGGAACCUUCUGGCCGCUCUUUCACUCUAUGCCGGAUCGGGCGACCUUCAUCGCGGAACAUUGGCGCGCGUAUUCCGUGGUCAACGAACAAUUCGCCGCUAAAACGGUCGGCGCCUUGGAACAAAUUCACAAGGAACAGGAGAACCAGUCCAAUGGCACCCCGUUGGUCUGGGUUCAUGAUUAUCACCUGAUGUUAGCCGCCAAUUGGAUUAGACAAGCGGCGGAUGAUAAGAAUCUCAGGCUCAAAUUAGGUUUCUUCCUUCACAUACCCUUCCCGCCAUGGGACAUCUUCAGACUCUUUCCGUGGGCGGACGAGAUCCUGCAGGGUAUGCUUGGGUGCGACAUGGUGGGUUUUCACAUCCAAGAUUAUUGUCUGAACUUUGUCGAUUGCUGCCAGAGGAGUCUUGGCUGCAGGGUAGAUCGGAAGAAUUUACUAGUCGAGCAUGGCGGCAGAACGGUACGAGUAAGACCGCUGCCAAUUGGCAUUCCGUUUGACAGAUUCGUCUCGCUAGCCGAGACUGCCAAUAAGGUCAUGCAGUCGAAUCAAAAGAUCGUUCUUGGUGUCGACCGGCUCGAUUAUACGAAAGGCCUCGUUCAUAGAUUGAAAGCUUUCGAGAUGCUACUGUUGAAGCAUCCCGAACACCGUGAACAGGUAACGAUGUUGCAAAUCGCAGUGCCCUCGCGCACCGACGUUCGCGAGUAUCAGGAUCUGAAACUCGAGAUGGAUCAACUGAUAGGAUGUAUAAAUGGUCGCUUCACCACACCCAACUGGUCGCCCAUACGUUAUAUUUACGGUUGCGUGAGCCAGGACGAGCUAGCGGCUUUCUACAGAGAUGCUGCCGUCGCUCUCGUCACGCCGCUCAGGGAUGGCAUGAAUUUAGUUGCUAAAGAAUUCGUCGCUUGCCAAAUCAAUAAACCGCCAGGAGUGUUGAUAGUCUCGCCUUUCGCCGGUGCCGGCGAAAUGAUGCACGAGGCUUUGAUUUGUAAUCCUUAUGAGAUUGACGAGGCUGCUGAAGUCAUUCACAGGGCUCUUACUAUGCCUGAAGAUGAACGUACAUUAAGAAUGAAUCAUUUGCGUCGACGUGAGAGGAUAUACGAUGUCAACUACUGGAUGAAGUCCUUCCUUCAGGUGAUGGGAUCGCUCGAAGAACACGAUUCCGUAGGUGCUACCACGAUGCAGCCUGUGACAAUGGAUGAUUUCGACGACUACUUGAGCAAGUCCCCUAGGUACAUCGGUGAUAAUCAUAAAUUGGCACUUCUUUUGGAUUACGACGGUACACUGGCGCCUAUAGCCACUCAUCCUGACCUAGCAAUCUUGCCGCUUGAGACGAAAAACGUUCUUCAAAGGUUGUCCAACAUGUCAGACGUUUAUAUCGCGAUUAUAUCAGGCAGAAACGUGAACAAUGUAAAAUCGAUGGUCGGGAUAGAAGGUAUCACGUACGCCGGAAAUCACGGAUUGGAGAUUCUACAUCCGGACGGCAGCAAAUUCGUUCAUCCUAUGCCUGCCGAAUUGGAGGACAAAGUGGGCAGUCUGAUGCAAAUGCUUCAAGAACAGCUCUGCAGGGACGGUGCAUGGGUCGAGAAUAAAGGCGCGCUUCUGACGUUCCACUAUCGCGAGACACCGGUGGAGAGUCGUCCCAGGAUGAUAGCUCAAGCUAAGAAACUUAUCGAGGCCGCUGGAUUCAUGGCCUGUACCGCGCAUUGUGCCUUAGAGGCGAAACCGCCAGUCGAAUGGAACAAGGGUAGCGCUUCCAUCUACAUUCUACGUACAGCCUUUGGUUUAGAUUGGAGCGAACGUAUCAGGAUCAUAUACGCCGGUGACGAUGUUACAGACGAGGACGCGAUGAAGACUUUGAAAGGUAUGGCCGCCACUUUCCGCGUGGCAUCGUCGCAUAUUAUCCGUACGUCCGCGGAGAGACGUCUUCCCAGCACGGAUUCGGUGCUCACGAUGCUAAAAUGGGUCGAGAGACAUCUCAGUAAACGCAAGCCCCGCAACAGCAUCGACAUCCCGGGCAUCCCGUCACGAUUUCGACGCAGCAGCGGUGGGAUAACGAUGGAGAUGUCUUACACGCCACCAAGAUCACCCCUUGAAUCGAAUCGGCUGAAAGUCUAACGAGCACGCAAAACUGUGGACGAAUAAUCGUCUAGUGUGAGAUGCCGCAAAAAGCAAAGAUUUUAGAAAGGUAGACUCAAAUUAGUUUUUACACUUUUUUAAGUAGAAUAAGACGCGAUAUGUAAAGAAAAAAAGGAAAGCGAAAGAAAGUACUGGUAUUUACUGCAUAUAAUCGAUUUUUCGCGGUUGUGUCUACGAUUAUUUGCGAUAAUAAAUAUAAGAAACAGUAUACACAUAUAUGUAUAUAUAUAUAUAUAAUCUAUAUAUAUGUGUAUAUAUAAUAUACAUAUGCAUGUAUAUUUUAGAAUCUAUGUCUUCUGUAUGACGUGAAAAGAUAGUGUCGUUGUGCGUUUUUUCAUGCCGCCGGAUAAUACUGAUUAUAAACUGGUAUAAACUGGCAACACGCAUAUCCGUCUCUUGUCGCGAGCUUAUUUUGAAGGGAAAAAACUUUCUGAAAGUAAUGCGCAAAUGAAUGGCGUCAUUAAAUGUACAAAAUAAAAUUCGAUGAUUCAAACGAAAACAGAAUGUCUUCAAAAAGGUCACCAAAUUUAAUGAUUUUAAUCGAUUAUGUAAAUAAAUGAGAAGAUUUGUUCUAAA